ACAGGGUUAAAGGGACAGCUCGUCCUCCCGUACUCCAAAGAGAUAUAUAUAGAGUUGCCCAACCACCAUUAAUGUCCCCAGGUUUCCAUGAAGGGCGUGGUACAGGGAGCGUUGGCGACUCAAGUGGAUGUUUUCUAUCGAAUAUUUCAUGAAAACUAGUCACCAUGGCAACGAUGCGACAUUUUGCUCAAGACGUCAUCAGAUGUAACGUCUGCCCCGACAAUGGGGAGAGAGAACCGGCGGAGAUCGUCUGUAGGAGUUGUAGGAAGAACCUUUGUCAGGCGUGUGUGGCCAAGCACGUGCUGUCGUCCAGGAAGGAACAUGCUGUAAUACAGCUGAGCGCUAUAUACAGGAGACCCAAAAUACUAGUUGCUGCCUCACUCGUCCAAACCAUUCCUGGCGGGUUUAAGCCUUUGUCGAGGGUAGUGAAGUCACGUGAUGGGUAUUUGUGGACUUCAGCAGAAAUGAAUGUCAUAAAGAAGAUAGACAUGAAUGGUGUUGUCGUAGAAACACACAGUACGGGCUCCAUUCACGCCCCGUUUGAUAUUACUCUCAACAACACUGGAGACCUAAUGUUCACUGUCAUGGCCGCCAAAGAAUUAAAUGUUAUCAGAGACCAAAGAUCUGUGACUCUGAUCAAAAUCUCGGAUGGAUGGACUCCUCGCGGCUUAUGCAGCACGGCCAAAAACGAAGUUCUAUUAUCUAUGUUCAAAACUGGCAACCCGGACAAAGUCGUUCGUUAUUCCGGACCCCGAGUGAUUCAGGAAAUCUCUCAUGAUUCAUCAGGGUAUUUCAUCUUCAAGGACGCUUCCUACUUGUGCGAAAACGGUAACUACGACGUAUGUGUGAGUGACGUUGAAGCACGCUGUGUGGUGGUCCUCAAAAGUUCCGGAAUCCCAAGGUACAAGUAUAGCGGCCGCUCCCAGCCUAGCUUUGAACCCGGAAGUCUAGCAUGUGACAGUCUGUGUCACAUUUUGAUCGCAGACAAAGUUCAGAACUGUGUUCACAUCAUUGACAAAGACGGCCAAAUGCUGUCAGUUAUUGAUAGAAGUUUGACCACAAUACACAAGCCCGUGGGGAUCUGGGUGGAUGAGGAGGAUAUUCUAUUUGUUGCAGAGCGAGGGUCUGGGAAUAUAAAAGCGGUCAAAUACCUGGACGAAUGACGUAUUACAAUGUUUUUUAUCAUGGGUUAGUCUAUAGUUUAACUCCCAUACAAAUGUGAACUGUAUUUUUGUUUCCUUCAAAGCAUUGUCCAAUUUAAAAGCGGCGACAUAAAGUAGUGUUUAAUUUUGUCAAAAGUAAUACAAAAGAUGUAUACUAAUUAAACUUUAGAUGUGUGGGAUUAUUGAAAUAUAUUAACAUCUACUAAGUUUUA